CGCCUGGUCUCGGGGCCGCACCUCCGAACCGGUUUCGCCUGGCAGAGCCGGCUGCUUCAGGCGCCGUGGACGCGGUGCUCGCCCCGCGGCUUCUCCCGCGCUGUGGCGGUGUCAGGUGUGGCUUAGCUCGGGUCAGUGCCAUGAUCCGGCAGGAGCUCUCCACAUCCUACCAGGAGCUGAGUGAGGAGUUGGAUCAGGUGGUUGAGAACUCAGAGCGGGCGGACGAGCAAGAAAAGGAGGCAGACGGAGUACAAGGUCCAGGAAUCUUACCAGCCCUGGACAGCGAAUCUGCCUCUAGCAGCAUCCGCUUCAGCAAGGCCUGCCUGAAGAACGUCUUCUCGGUCCUGCUCAUCUUCAUCUACCUGCUGCUCAUGGCAGUGGCUGUCUUCCUGGUCUACCAGACCAUCACAGACUUCCGCGAGAAACUCAAGCACCCUGUCAUGUCAGUGUCUUACAAGGAGGUGGAUCGCUAUGACGCCCCAGGUAUUGCUCUGUACCCCGGUCAGGCCCAGUUGCUCAGCUGUAAGCACCACUACGAGGUCAUCCCACCCCUGAGGAGCCCUGGCCAGCCUGGGGACAUGAACUGCACCACCCAGAGGAUCAACUACACAGACCCUUUCUCCAACCAGACCCUGAAAUCAGCCCUGAUCGUGCAGGGGCCCCGGGAAGUGAAGAAGCGGGAGCUGGUCUUCCUCCAGUUCCGCCUGAAUGAGAGUAGCGAGGACUUCAGUGCCAUCGAUUACCUCCUCUUCUCGUCUUUCCAGGAGUUCCUGCAAAGCCCAGACAGGGUGGGCUUCAUGCAGGCCUGCGAGAGCGCCUAUUCCAGCUGGAAGUUCUCCGGCGGCUUCCGCACCUGGGUCAAGAUGUCCCUGGUGAGGACCAAGGAGGAGGAUGGGCGGGAAGCAGUAGAGUUCCGGCAGGAGACGAGUGUGGUUAACUACAUUGACCAGAGGCCGGCCGCUGAAAAAAGCGCUCAGUUGUUUUUUGUGGUCUUUGAAUGGAAAGAUCCUUUCAUCCAGAAAGUCCAAGAUAUAAUCACCGCCAAUCCUUGGAACACAAUCGCCCUGCUCUGUGGGGCCUUCUUGGCGUUAUUUAAAGCAGCUGAGUUUGCCAAGCUGAGUGUGAAAUGGAUGAUCAAGAUCAGAAAGAGGUACCUUAAAAAAAGAGGUCAGGCGGCGAACCACAUAAGCUGAAGUGGCCUUGUGUUCGCAGAACUGCUCACAGCAACGGAAGUUCUGGUCACUUCCGUGCGGAGAAACGAGCCGCCGGCAAUCCUGUGCUCACUUGAAACGGGCCUUGCUGGGAGGAACAGCCUGCCAGCCUGCAGCUUCUAACCUGGCCCCAAAAGAGGAUGUUUAAAGCCUGAUGGAACAGAUCCAGUGGGUAACCUAAAACUUAUUUAAGUAUUUAAAUUAUUCAUGAACAGAUGACGAGGGAUUGUGGAAGAUGGAAUUAGAUCUGUAUCAACUUUUCUGAAGGUUUGUGGAAGUUGCCUUUCUUCUUACUUGGUUUGGUGCACAGUUAAGCUCUAAUGGGGUAAUGAAGGCUCUACUUUUUACUCUAGCUUCCCCUUCCGCCCUAGUUUUCUAAAGUGGACAGAAGAGUGUGAUUUUCUUUUUUCCCCAAAUCCUGACUCUGCAGAUGUACAGGUUAUGCUUUGAAACCUCUGCACCCUGUGCCCAAAGACAAGAACCCUGUCGUCUCUGACGUCAUCUGCCGUAUCUCUUGGCACGCUUUCUCAUUUGUUAAAUAAGAAGUGGGACUUUUUUGUAAAGCUACUAGAAACCAGGAAUAAGAUUUCUUGUGGACUGACUAGCCACCUACCUGUCUGGCUAGAAUAUUUGUUGAUGGAGGUGUAAGAGUGUAGAGUCAUUAACAUGCAAAAGCCCUGGGCCAUAUGUACAUAGGAGGUGCCUACUCAAUGUAUCUUGAUGAUUUUAUUAACAGGUAAAUAAAAGUUAGGUUAAUGCAAAAGGA